AUGUUCAGCUGGUUCAAGUCUUCCAACCAGGAGUCCGCUCCCGCCCAGGCCACCUGGAACCCCAACACUGUGACCAUGCAGCCGUCCUCCCCGGAGGUGCCCGUCACCGAGCAGGUCGUCACCGGACAACCCGGCCAGCAAGAAACCAUGCAAAUGAACCUUCGUGGUGGUGGUGAGGGCGAGGACGUGUGCUGUGGCGUGUACGUUAUACCCUCUGCCUUCUGA